GAGCAAAGCAAAGCUGCUCUUAUAAGGAAAGUUAAGGAGCGUGUGCUGCCAGGGGAAUUCACACCAAAAUGUCCGACUUACAGUUUGACGAAAGUUUUGUACUGGAGUUUAACGACUCUGAUAUUGGAUCGGGGGAAUGGAUGGAAGAUAACUUUGAAGAGCCGUGCUACCGAGCUAUUGACCCCAAAUUAAAGAAAAUCUUCCUCCCAACGGUUUACGGAAUAAUCUUUGUUUUGGGAAUAGUUGGCAAUGGACUGGUGGUCAUAGUAAUGGGCUAUCAGAGAAAGUCCAGAACGAUGACAGACAAAUACAGGCUUCACCUCUCUGUGGCAGACCUACUGUUUGUCCUUACGUUGCCGUUCUGGGCUGUGUAUGCAGCAAGUAGCUGGCACUUUGGGAGCUUUCUCUGCGUGGCGGUCCACAUGAUCCACACCGUGAACCUCUACAGCAGCGUUCUGAUCCUCGCUUUCAUCAGCCUGGACCGCUACCUGGCAGUGGUGCGUGCCACCAACAGCAAUGCCCCAAGGCGCCUCCUGGCUGAGAAGGUGAUCUACGUGGGAGUUUGGUUGCCAGCCGUGCUGCUCACUGUGCCAGACAUGGUGUUCGCCAAGGUGCACGACUCUAGUACUGGGAUAUCCUGCGGGCGCACGUACCCGGAUCCGGGCGACAUCUGGGCCGCCGCAUUCCGCUUCCAGCAAAUCCUGGUGGGAUUUCUGCUGCCAGGGCUGAUAAUCCUCACCUGCUAUUGCAUCAUCAUCUGCAGACUGUCCCAGUGUUCUAAGGGGCAGCACAAGCGCAAGGCGCUGAAGACCACCGUGGUGCUCAUCCUGUGCUUCUUCAGCUGCUGGCUGCCCUACUGCUUGGGGAUCUUUGUGGACACCCUGAUGAUGCUGAAGGUGAUACCCUACAGCUGCUCCUGGGUGCAGAGUCUGGAGAAGUGGAUCCCCAUUACGGAGGCCCUGGCAUACUUCCACUGCUGUCUCAACCCCAUCCUUUAUGCCUUCCUGGGGGUUAAGUUCAAGAAAUCUGCCCGCAACGCCUUGAGUACGAGUCGGGGAUCCAGUCGUAAGAUGCUUCCCAAGAAGCGUGGUGCCAUCUCCUCGGUCUCCACCGAGUCGGAGUCUUCCAGCUUCCACUCCAGUUAGCCGAACUUCACACAAAACCAACUAUGUUCCAGAAACCAAAACUUUGGAAUACAGACUGCUUGUAAAUAUAUAUAUUUUUUUUCAUUUUGUUUAUUUAACUUAGCUAAACGUUUAAUGCGCCAAAGCAGUGGUUGAAUGUUCAGGCAGAGCCUGCUGGCUAUUGUUCACCUGUAUGUUAAACUGUAAAUACGUAUCUGAUGCUUCGGCCCGUGGGAACAGACGAAGUAUUGUACAAAAAUAGGCGACUCGCCAGUGUAUAUGGUUUGUGACUUGCUAGACCUUUUUAUGUCAGCACUUACACCUGUUUGUCUGCAAAAGGAGUGGUUAUUUAUGGACACUGUAUGCAACACUGUUUUUUUUCACUGAAUGUCUAUGUGGUUGUCUAGUGUUUUUCAUCACAGCUGUGAUUAUUGUCUAAAUGCUAAUAAUAAAAAUCUUGAUUUCCUACUUA